AUGAAUGAUUUGUCUGAAAUACCCAUAUUAAUCAUCGAUGAAAAUCAACAUCUAAGAAAAUAUUCAUUGAAUCAAUCGUCAAUUAUACAAGACGACGAUAGUCAAACAAUAGUUACUGAACAAAACGACGCUGAUAGACAAAGUGAUUCAUCUGACUUCGAGAUUAUUCAAUCAAUUGAUGGUAUCAAUAACGUUGAGGAGGAACAUGUCUGCCAAGAAACAUCACUGUGCGUUUUAUCAACGGCAGAUUUACUCCGUGAAAGACUUGCAUUUGUAACGGGUGGAACAUCUCAUAAUUGUCCAAUUCUUACAUUCCCCGACAAUCCACAAAUUGAAUUAACGCAAGAUAAAUAUAAAAAGCUUGUUGCUUAUUUAACACAAGUACCGAGUGAAAACGAACGGCAACUUGGCUUUGUACUUGUAAUCGAUCGUCGAUUAGAUCGAUGGGUAGCUGUUAAAUCGAUAAUGGCGUUUAUUGAAGAUGAUUUUCCAUAUUCAAUUAAAUGCAUUUAUCUGCUUCGGCCAAACUCCUGGAUGCAACGAGCAAUAUCUCGUAUAACUAUUUUAAAUGAAAUAACAUGUUCACAUCCUUUGAUUGUUUGUCGAACAUUAGCUGAACUACAUGAACAUUUAGAUGCAAGUCAAUUAUCAAAAGAUUUAGCUGGUCAUAUUGACUUUCGUCUAUUUGAAUGGAUUGAACGAAGAGCAGCCAUCGAAAAACUAACUCAGUCAAUUCACGAAUUAAGUGAAAUGCUACUUGUUUUUAUGAAGCAAUGUGAUGAAAUCGAAUUUCCCAAUGCUGUUGAAUCCACCCAACAGCUACUUUUACAACACUCAACACAAAAAAAUGAGCUUGAACAAGAAUUACGACGAAUAAAAAUGUGGGGCCAUUCACUCUUAUGCAUUAUUCGUCAACAACAUAAACAUACGUCCUCAAUUAAUAAUAAUAAUUCACUAGAAGAAAAUCAUGAUAUUCAAAAUCUUGCAUUAUCACCCGAUCAAGCUGCGCAUGCUCGUGCUUGUGCCAACGCACUGACACAUGUUGACAAUAGUGAAUCUGUUCUUUCACAAUUUUGGAUUUUACACGAAUCUCGACUAAAUCGUUGUCUUGCUUUACGUCGUUUUGAACAGCGUUUUAAAGAAAUUCAGUCUAGUUUUACUCAACUAUAUAAUGAUAUAAUUCAAUUGCCUGAUCUAAAUACAAGUUUACAUUUAUUUGAAUGUUGUCGAACUGAUAAUAGUAAUACUCGAGAAGAAAUUGAUCAAACAUUGAUUCAAGUUGAUGACCUUUCCGAACGUGCGCAAACAAUGAUCAGUCAUGCAACCCUACUAGCAAAUGAAGGCCUUGACUUGAUCAUGGAACAACAGAAACAAAAAUCGAUGGCCUAUGGUAUCGAUUCAAUUGAACCCAAAUGUCAAGAAUUGAAUGAAAUGAAAAAGAAGUUAACGGAACAAGUCGAUGAAAAACGAAGUAAUCUGCAAUUGUUAAGAACCUAUAUCGAUAAACUUGAAUUAAUUAAUGAUUGGUGCACACGCGGUAAAGAUAUGUUAGCCAUGCAUCCCAUACAUCUAUCCAAUGAUAAAGCUAUCCGUUCUCUCAGUGAACUUGAACAUUUUCUUGGUGACUUAUCAAAGAUUAAUUUGACUGAGCUACAACAUUCAUUAACACCCGAACCACUUCGUUCCAUGAUUAUUCAAGUAUUCAAUCGUGUUAAUGAUGUUCGAGAUCUAUGUGAAAAACGUUGUGAACAAUUACGUCGAUUAUCUGUGCCGAUAAAUCGACCUGUACAACGUGUUCAUCCUUUAUCAUUACAACAGAACGAAUCCCUUAAUCUUAUUGAUAUUGAUCAUAAUCUAUCGUCAUCGUCAUCAUCAACAUCAUCUAAUAAUAACAAUAAUAAUUUAAUAAACAGUGAAUGUACUCUAACUCAUAAUGCUAAAAUGGACAAAAAACAAAGACAUGUUGUUACCGAACUAUUAGCCACGGAACAAGUUUACGUCGAAGAAUUACGUGCAGUCAUCGAAGGUUAUAUGCUUAAAUUCGAUGAUCCAGAAAGAUACCGUUAUUUACCUCCGGCUAUUCUACAAAAUAAAUCCGUUCUUUUUUCUAAUCUACCUGAUAUCUAUAGAUUUCAUGCUACAUCAUUUCUUCGUGAUCUUCAACUAAUAUAUGAAGAUUCAUCGUUAGUUGAUACAUGCUCUAUGGGUAGCACAAUUGCAGCGUGUUUUGUUAAGCGUAAAUCAAAUUUUAAACUAUACGAAAAAUAUGUUGUUAAUAAAUCUCAAUCAGACCGUGUAUGGGAACAAUUUUGUUCUGGACAUACAUUUUUUACAAAAAUUCAACAAUCAUUGGGUCAUCGUCUACCAUUAGAUUCAUAUUUACUAAAACCAAUACAACGAAUGGCACAGUAUCAACUUUUACUAAAGGAAAUGAUUAAAUAUACACGUGAUGAACAAGAACGUUUGCAGUUACAAGAAGCACUUCGUGUUAUGCUCGGUAUUCUAAGUAAUUUAAACGAUGUUAUGCAUUCGACACAAAUUGUCGGCUAUCAUGAAAAUUUAAAUACAUUAGGCCGAAUACGUUUACGUGGUGAAAAUUGUUUAAUAUCGAAAGAAAAACGUCGCGGAACAGUUUAUACACGAACAAAAACAAGUACAAGAGAUGUAUUUUUAUUUGAACGUGAUAUAUUAUUAUGUAAGAGAAAAGAUGAAGGAAAUGGAAAAUCUAUUCAAUACCAAUUUAAAGAAAUUAUCAGAGUUGCUGAUAUUGCUGUAUGUACGCAUCCGAAAAAUAAUCGAAAUAGAUUUGAACUUGUGCUUAAAGAUUGGUCAUAUAUCAUUCAACUUCAAAAUAUGCCUUCCAACGGUGAAAAAGUGGAAGAAUUGAGUGUACGUUGGAUCGAUACAAUUAAAAGUUGUGUUACACUACAGACAGAACAACGGCGAGCUGAAAUGAAACAACGAAGUGCUUCAUUAGAUCAUUCAGCAAAUGCCCACCGUCGACAUAUGCAACAUCGUGCAACUGUUGCUAUCCGAGCUCAAGAAUUUGACGAUGCUGAUGACGAUGAUGAAUCUACUAUGCCGAAUCCAUUGGUAGAUACAAGUAAAACGAUGACUAAAAGAAAUAGCAAAGGCUCAAUAAACAAUAAUGUUGCACGUUUAUGA